CGCACAUAGACCGUUUUGUAGUGUCCAUCUACUACACAUAUGCCUUAGUGGUUCCAACAGACAGCGGGGGCAACAAUGGGAGGUGGGGGCAAGCCCUCCACCAUACCGGCUCACCUGCAAGACAGGAUCGAUGCCAUUGAAACUAAUCAGCGAGACACAGAUGCGCAAGCAUUUCAGAAGGCUGUUGAGAGGCGCGCACGUGUUUCCUUUUCGGCAGCCAUUGCCGGGUUCGGUGUUCUCAUAUUUCUUUUGAGCGCCUACCUGCUCUGCACCAGCGGAAUAGGCGACCCUGAACUCACAGCGCAGUUCCAUGCCAAGACGGACCCCAACUGCUACACAUGGCCGAUGAUUGCGUUCUCUACGGCCUUUGGCCUCAACUUCAUAACCUUGCUGUUCGAGCGCGAGAGCGCAAAGUUCCAGCUUGCUCUGCUAGCUUGCUACAUCAAUUUUCUAGCCGGCUUCAGCGACUAUCUAUCAUGGAAAGGCUACUCUCCUAUUCUCCGGGACAGCUUCGGUGGGGGCUUCCAGCUACUGCGCAUCAUUAUGUGGCUCCUUACGACGCCGGUCAUGGUGUACCUCCUCAGCAUCAUUUCGGACUUCAGCCGGGUGAAGGUGUAUACGGUCAUGCUUGCGGACGCCCUGAUGAUAUCCUUCGGCAUCCUCGGCUUCCUAUCGCACACCGUGUACCUUGCAAUCCCCAUGUUCAUGAUCGCCUACAGCCUGUUCAUGUAUGUGGUGUACAGCAUGUGGAGCAUGUUCCAUGCCUCCAUCGCGGAGGUGCGUCACGACAGCAGCCGGGUCAGUCUGGAGGUGCUCAGGCUGUUCGCAGUGGGCCUGUGGUUCAGCUUCCCCGUCAUCUGGAUGGUUGUGAAGCUGGGUCUGGUGGACGUCUACGUGGAGGAGUGGCUGUGGUGCGUGGGCGACUUCCUGGGCAAGGUCAUGUUCAGCUCCUCGCUGCUGCACGGCAACUUCCUGACCAUCGAGCAGAGGAGGCUCAUUGCCAUGCGCAUCGUGGAGGAGGGGAACAGGAUCCAGGUGAUCCAGGAGCUGAAGGACCUGGUGGAGCAGAAGGAGCGCUUCAUGAGCAGCAUGAGCCACGAGCUGCGCACCCCGCUCAACGGCAUCAUUGGGCUGUCGGAUGCGCUGCUGGUGGGCAGCUGCGGGGACAUCAAUGACCAGGCGCUGAAGACCAUCACCACCAUCAAGACCAGCGGCGCCCGCCUGCUCAACCUGAUCAACGACAUCCUGGAUGCGGCCUCCAUGCGGAAGGGCAAGCUGACCAUCAAGCACGAGAAGGUGAACCUGAAGCGCGUGGUGGACGACGUGAUCGACCUGUGCCAGCCGCUGGCCAAGCGGGGGGUCAAGCUGGUCAACGACCUCAAGGAGAACACGCCGUUCGUGCUGGGCGACACGGGGCGCAUCAUACAGAUCUUCCACAACCUGAUCGGCAACAGCUGCAAGUUCACACACAACGGCUUCAUCUCGGUGUCCGCGGCGGUGAGGGAGGACGAGGUGGAGGUGGCGGUCAGCGACACGGGCAUAGGCAUCCCGGAGGACAAGUUCGACCAGAUCUUCCUGGCGUUUGAGCAGGUCGACAUGUCCGUCACCCGCAAGUACGGCGGCACGGGUCUGGGUCUCAACCUGGUGAAGCAGCUGGUGGAGGCGCACGGCGGCCGCAUCGGGGUGCGCUCCAAGGAGAACCAGGGGGCCACAUUCUUCUUCACGCUCAAGAUUCACUCGGAGAACCCAAACGAGGGGCAGUCACAGGUGGCGCCGACUGAGGCCGUGACUGGGCCCCUAGAGCACACUCAGUUGGCAAACCUGCGUGGCAGCGGCGGUACGGCAGCAGGCGGUACGGCGGCAGGAGGAGGAGCGGGAGGAGGCGCCGGGUCGGGGGGUCCCGGGAGUGGCGGCGGCGGCAACGGCCCUCCCCGCCGCGCACCCUCCCGCCGGGGCUCUUUCACGGAUAAGAUGCUUGGGGUGAAGAAGCCGCCCUCUGAGACCGGGAGGAGUUCCCUGGGGCCCGGAGGAGGGGGAGCGGGGGGGCAGGCGGGAGGGGCAGGGGGUGUGGCAGCGGCGGCAGCGAGGGGAGGAGGAGGAGGGGGUGGUGGCGGGGUGACGCAUCAGCAGGGGCAGGGGCAGCAGGAGGAGAGGGAGAAGGCGAGGGAGGGUUACGGGGGUGGCGGCGAGGUGACCCAUGGGUCGCAGCCGGCCCAGGCAGCCCGCAGGAGCCGGGAGCUGGCGGGGAAGCCGAGUGUGACGGGCGGGCCGCAGGUGAGCGGCCCCAUGAGCCUCAACGACGCGGCCGCAAUGAUGAAGGGCGCCCUGAAGCGCAAGAGCUCCUUCCGCGAGAGGGGCGGCAAGGUGCGGGUGCUGAGUGUGGAUGACGACCCGGUCAACCAGCUGGUCAUCCAGAACCUGCUGGCGCCAGUGGGGUACGAGAUACUGCAGGCCAUGGACGGCCAGGAGGCCCUCAAGGUGCUGACGGAGGAGGAGCGGCUGCCGGACGUGAUCCUGCUGGACGUCAUGAUGCCGGGAAUGAGCGGAUACGAGGUGUGUCGCAAGCUGCGCGAGAUGUACCCGCUGUCCUGCAUCCCCGUCAUCAUGAUCAGCGCCAAGUCCAAGGAGGAGCACAUCGUGGAGGGGCUGGCGGCGGGAAGCAACGACUACGUGGUUAAGCCCUUUGGGCGACAGGAGAUCCUGGCCCGCAUCGCCGCGCACCUGCGCUUCCGCGACACGGUGUACCAGGCGGGCGAGAUCGCGGGGUCGCUGCCGGGGGAGGUGCUGCCGGGGCGGGUGCUGCUGCGGGGGGGGCCGGGGGGCGCGCUGGACCUGGCGCCCUUCCUGUCGGGGCCGGAGCGGUUCACCUCGCUGCCGCCCAGGAUUGCGCGGGGCAUUGAGGCGGGGACAACCUCGACCACACUGCAGAUGUUCGACCAGCUGACGCUGCUGGAGGUGACGGUUGCCAACCUGCCCGAGCUGCUGUCCAGCUGCCCCGCCCCCGACCUGCUGGUGGCGCUGGCCUCGCUGUUCCACGACCUGGACACGCUGCUGGAGCAGCACGGCUGCUACCUGCUGGAGGGGGUGGACGAGGGGCUCACCAUCGUCAGCGGCCUAGACAGCGUGGGCGACCAGGUGCUGCACGCGCUGGGUCUGGCUCGCUCGCUGAUGGCUGCCGCGGACACCUUCAGCCUGGGGCGGGGGGGCGGACGCAGGCUCAAGCUGGCGCUGGCCAUUGGAAUACACACGGGGCCGGCGCAGGGUGUUCUGGUGGGCCACCGGCACCCCGCCAUGUUCUUCACCGGCCAGCUGCCUGCCGAGGUGCACAUGCUGGGCGCCACCUGCCCGCCCUGCUGCGUGCACGUCAGCUGGAGGGUGGUGGAGGCCGUGGGUGGCGAGCGGGACCACUUCGUCCCCGCGGGCAACAUGCACAACGGACCCACCUACCUCAUGAAGGUUGGCGGCUGGGAGGGCGGCGGCCAGGUGGCUGCCUCCGAGAACACCGCCCGCUGGGGCAAGGGCGGCAAGCUGGGGCUGCACGACGGCAUCAACACGGAGGCGCGCCGCAUGCGGCCCAUACAGCUGGCACUGCUGGCAAUGGCGCAGGCCAACCCCGGCUUCCUGGUGGACAUCGCCUCCCUCGCGCCGGAGGCCAAGACAGCAGACGCCUCCGACACCACACCCGCAGCAGCAGGCGAGUCAGCAGCAGCAAGGGCCGCCUCGGGGGCGCAGCAGCCCGAGGUCGGCUCUGCCGCUGCUGGCCCCCCGGUGGAUGCUGCCGCUGCCGCUGCUGCUGCUGCGGAGGUGGCUCGGCUGCAGCGGGAGUACGAGGCGCUGGAGCGGCAGCUGGAGGAGGUGUCCAAUGAGGCGGCACGGCUGCAGGACCUGGUCGACGACCUGGAGGAGCAGCUCAUCGCCAAGAGCGGCACCUCCGCGGCGGCCACUCAGCAGGCGGAGGCGGCGACAGCGGAUGCACACAACCUCAAGGCCCAGGUGGUGGACCUGGAGGGUCAGCUGGCGGAGGCGGCGAGGGAGCGGUCGGGGCUGGAGGCGGCGCUGAGCGAGAUGGAGCAGCGGCUGGUGGCCACGCAUGCGGCACUGGCGUCGGCUAGCCAUGAGGCUGCCGACCGCGCCCGCACCCAGACCCCGCGGCCCCCCGAGCCCCGAGUGGAGACGGCCUCCAUGGCCUCGGGCAGCGAGGCGGGUUUCGGAGCCGCCAGCAGCGCAGAGGCGGCGGCGGCAGCAGCCGGAGUCGGGGGAGCGGCUGCCGGAGCAGGGGGGAACUGGUUGGGGCUGAUGGGUCUGGGAGGGGGUCUGGCGCUGCAGCCGGGCCUGAGCCUGGGUCUGGGUGGCGGAGGAGGUCUGCUGGGAGGGGGAGGAGGGAUGCUGGUGAACCGCAGCCCCAUGCCGCUGGGACUGGCGCUACGACUGCCGGCGCUGGCUGCAUUGCGCUCCGCCGCCGGCUCCCCCGCUGCUGCCGCUGCCGGAGACAUGCGGUUGCUGCUGGAGGAGCUGGGUCUGCCGCAGCUGGCCGCUCGCUUCGAGAGCGAGGACAUCAGCCCGGGGUUGCUGCCCUUCCUGGACGAGGGGGCACUGCGAGAGCUGGGGGCCACAUCGCUGGGGGCGCGGCUGAGGCUGAGGAUCGCGGCGCAGGCGCUGCUGAUGCAGGGGUGAGGGAGGAAGGAGAGGUUCUUACAUGAUGUGAUUGCCACUUGGUGCAGGGUGAGAAGGUAAGGUUCGCUGGGUUUCUAAUUGGAGCAAGCUGGCGCUGUUGAGGGAGGAAGGAGGGGGAGGAGGCGUGGAAGGCAUGUGUAGAAUGGCGGUCUGCGUGGAAGGGGAAGGGGAAGGGAAGGGGAGUUGUGAUCUGUUGUGAUACGAUAGCCAUGCUUGGGAAGCACUGCGGAGGGCAGACAGCCAUGCGUGGAGAGCGGGGUGAAGGGGUGCGGAUGUCAAGAAGGAAAGUGGAGAUUACUGGAGGUGCGCUGGCGGGAAAGGGUGCCUUCGGUGUCUUUGGUUUGUAGGGUUCGCUCUGCUUGCGAGCGAGGGGCCGCAGCUGUAAGAGCUGAGAGGCGGCGUCAGCGGGAGAUGAUGGGGGGUGAGGGGUGAGGAGCAGCUUGUCGGCAGCUGAUCUGGUGUCCAGUCGAAACAGUGCGGAGGGGAGGGUGUGUGCGUGGGUUUGGGCAGGUGUGUGGGUGGGUGCUAUAGUUGGGUGAG